AUGGCGCCUGCCCGCUUGUUAUUUCUCUUUUUUCUCUUAGGCAAUACUCGUGUUUUUGCGACAAUCUUCACCCUUGAAAACCGUUGCAGCUACACGGUCUGGCCAGGCACGUUAUCGGCCAAUGGAGCCGCCAUCUUAGCCGAAGGAGGCCUCGAGUUGCCUCCCGGCUCCUCAACCCAAUUUUCCGCACCAUUUGGCUGGUCUGGCCGGUUCUGGGCAAGAACCGGUUGCCAGUUCGACGAUUCUCAAAGAGGGAAUUGUGCCACGGGCGACUGUGGAACUGGUUUGAGGUGCGUCGGAGGCGGCGCACCUCCAGUUACCCUGGCCGAGUUCACGCUCGGCUCUGGACCCGUCAACGAGAAAGAUUUCUACGACGUCAGUCUCGUCGACGGGCACAACGUGGGGAUCGGGAUCCAUCCCAUCGGCUCGGGUGACGGCGAGUGUCAUUACGCCGGUUGUGUUGCGGAUGUGAAUGGAGGGUGCCCGCCAGAGCUGAGGAUCGCGGGGGAGAACGGAGAAGUGGUGGCAUGCAAGAGCGCGUGCGCAGCGUUCGAUUCGCCGGAGUUCUGCUGCACGGGAGAGCAUUCGACUCCGGCGACGUGUUCUCCGACAGAGUACUCGACUAUUUUCAAGAGCGCGUGCCCGACGGCGUAUAGUUACGCUUACGAUGAUGCUUCGAGCACACGCACUUGUAGCGGGUCGGAUUAUCUCAUAUCGUUUUGUCCAACCGGGUCAUAGACUUACAUAUAAUGAUAUCUCAUAGUUAUUUAAAAACAUUGUCAUGAAACCAAGGCUUUGAAGUCAUUAUUAACCUAUCCUUAUUUGUCAUAUAUAAACUAAACAGAAACAUUCUUAU